UGAAAUAGCCUUUUCAAUUCAAAUAUCUGAACUUCUUCCACUGUUAAGGUCAUCGAGAAGCAUGAUGCAUACUUGAUUAUAAAGCAACCCCAUCAAUCUCGCAAUGCCAAAAAGCAAAAAACUAAAGCUAAUCAGAACUUCAAGGAGCCAUCAGCACAUUCCAAUGCCCUUAGAAAAAAGUGAAGCAAAACCCAUAAACAAUUCAACCAGAUUCCUCCUCAACACUCCAUGUGAAUAAAGUCCCCCCCACCCACCAAAAUCAUGCUCUUCCAAUCCACAUUUACCCUCAACUCUCCAAGCAAAGAAUAUAUCAUUCCACACCCACCAAAAACACUUCAUCCAUCCUGAUCUCCGUACUCUGAAGAAACGCAUCAAUCCGGCCAUGAACAUGCACAUUUUCAACACCCUCUACUACCUCUUUGUCAGUGCAGUAGUAGCUUUCUCAAGCCCACUCAACACAUGCAGAUCCUACUGUGGAAACAUAACCAUAGAUUACCCAUUUGCGCUCCAAUAUGGCUGCGGCCACCCAGGCUUCCGAGACCUCCUAUUUUGCAUGAACGAUGUGCUCAUGUUCCACAUUAGCUCCGGUUCCUACCGUGUCUUGGAAAUAGACUACGCUUAUCAAACACUUACCCUGCACGAACCUCACAUGUCGACCUGUGACACCAUCGUGCUAGGAGGCAAAGGCAACGGCUUCGUCGUUGAGCCGUGGCGGUUCCCGUACAUGAACCCGAUCGCCGACAAUGUGUUCAUGCUAAUAGGCUGCUCGGCUCGGUCCCCACUCUUCCAAGGUUUCCCGGGAAAGCAUUUGCCAUGCCGGAACGUUUCCGGAAUGGGGUGCGAGGAGUACUAUGGGUGCCCGGCAUGGGAUUUGUUGGGUCACAGAACAAAAGUCAUCAGCUCGGCGUACGGGUCCAGCCCUCCGGAAUGCUGCGCCGUGCCAUUUGAGUCGAUCAAGGCUAUAAAUCUCACGAAGCUCGAGUGCGAAGGGUACAGCAGUGCUUAUACUCUAGCACCACUGAAAUUGGAUGGCCCUGGUGCGUGGUCGUAUGGAGUUCGUGUGAAGUAUUCGGUAGUCGAGGAGAAUAAUGAUUUCUGCAGCGCCUGUUCGGCCACCGGCGGUACUUGCGGGUAUGGUACCGACGGGAUCAGACAAUUGUGCAUGUGCGGCAGAUUGAAUUCAACCUCCAAUUGUGACUCAGUCAACUCAUCAAGCAGAAAGACGAGGUCUGUGAUGGAUACAUUAGUUGCAGGAUCUUUUAUGGGUAUAAUAGCAUGGAUGACAGCCAGUCAAAUAUAAUGCAGAGAGCCAAUUUACUUCAUGUAUAUCUCAUUAUUCAUUCUGUAUGAGUGAAACCAGAUCACUUGAUUAUUUCUAUUUGGCUCAUUUGAAAAUGGAGAGUAUUUAUUAAAGAUAAAAUACAUGGUAUUUUGGUCAUUCUACUUCGAAUAAUAACAGGUGAACUGAUCAAAGUAUCCUGUAAUUUUAUACUAAAUAAAUAUUAUCCAUUUCAAUUAAAAUGAAUUUUCUUAUUUUCUUUCGUAUGCAUGGGCAUAUAAAAGAAAGAAAGUGAGCAUAUUUUUAAAUGUUUAUGCUUCAUUUUUCCUUUCAACAUGAUAAAAAAAGCCACUUAAUUUUUUGAGUUUGAGCUUAGAGGCAUGGGCAUUAUUUUAUGUAUUUUGGUGCAAGAAUGGAAGUACAUUAUCCAAAAAACCUAUGAAUGUUAUUUUACAAUUGUAGUUUAAAUUUUAUGUAAAGAUGAGAUGUAUCUAUUGUCCUAGGUAUUGAAUGUUGGAUUUCUUUGCCGGA